UUUUUUUUUUUUUUUGCAGAUGCAUUUUGCUUCUGGAUCCAAACUUCCUAAGCAUGGUACCUGCCUCUCCUAUAGAGCUGUUGAGUCUGACCCUCCCAUUUCAUAGGAUUUAUCUGCACCAAAUAUAAAAUGCAGACCCCCCACCGCCUCCCCACCCCCACCCCAAGCCAGGAGGAGACGACUAUGGCGCAGACUCUGCAGAUGGAGAUCCCCAACUUCGGCAACAGCAUCCUGGAGUGCCUGAACGAGCAGCGCCUUCAGGGGCUGUACUGCGACGUCUCGGUGGUGGUGAAAGGCCACGCCUUCAAGGCUCACCGGGCCGUCCUGGCGGCCAGCAGCUCCUACUUCCGGGACCUUUUCAACAACAGCAAGAGCGCGGUGGUGGAGCUGCCGGCGGCUGUGCAGCCCCAGUCCUUCCAGCAGAUCCUCAGCUUCUGCUACACGGGCCGGCUGAGCAUGAAUGUGGGAGACCAGUUCCUGCUGAUGUACACGGCCGGCUUCCUCCAGAUCCAGGAGAUCAUGGAGAAAGGGACUGAGUUCUUCCUAAAGGUCAGCUCCCCCAGCUGCGACUCCCAGGGCCUGCACGCCGAGGAGACCCCUUCCUCCGAGCCCCAGAGCCCCGUGGCCCAGACCUCCACCUGGCCCUCCUGUAACACCCCCUUGCCCCUCGUGUCCCGCGUCAAGACAGAGCAGCAGGAGUCGGACUCCGUCCAGUGCACUUUUGUGGUCAAGCGGCUCUGGGACAACGGCCAGAAGGAGGGCGGAGGCGGGGGAGGAGGCAACAACGGGAGCCGCAAAAUGGCCAAGUUCUCCACGCAGGACCUCGGAGGCAACCGGCAGCAGCAGCAGGGGGCGCAAGCAGCAGCAGGGGGCGGGGGCGGCAGCGGGCCCAGUGUGGUGAGCGGGCCCAGCACGUCCGACCAGACCAGCCCCGGCACGUCCAGCGCCUACACGAGCGACAGCCCGAGCUCCUAUCACAACGAGGAGGACGAAGAGGAGGAUGCGGCCGAGGAAGGCUCCGAUGAGCAGUACCGGCAGAUCUGCAACAUGUACACGAUGUACAGCAUGAUGAAUGUAGGGCAGACAGCAGCGGCCGCAGAGAAGGUGGAAGCCCUGCCCGACCAGGUGGCCUCUGAGUCUCGCAACCGGAUCCGGGUGCGGCAGGACCUGGCGUCGCUGCCGGCCGAGCUCAUCAACCAGAUCGGGAACCGGUGUCACCCCAAGCUGUACGACGAGGGCGACCCUGCGGAGAAGCUGGAGCUCGUGACAGGAACGAACGUGUACAUCACCCGGGCACAGCUGAUGAACUGCCAUGUCAGCGCGGGGACGCGGCACAAAGUGCUUCUGAGGCGGCUUCUGGCGUCCUUUUUUGAUCGGAACACUCUGGCAAACAGCUGUGGUACUGGCAUCCGCUCGUCCACCAACGACCCCAGCCGGAAGCCGCUGGACAGCAGGGUGCUGCAUGCCGUGAAGUUCUACUGCCAGAACUUCGCCCCCAACUUCAAGGAGAGCGAGAUGAACGCCAUCGCCGCCGACAUGUGCACGAAUGCCCGGCGCGUGGUCCGUAAGAGCUGGAUCCCCAAGCUCAAGCUGCUGAUGGCAGAAGGUGACACCUACACCACGUUCAUCAACGACACUGGGAAGAUGGAGCCGGACAUCAUGGGAGUGGAGCAGAGCUUUGAGACAGGCAGUCACGACGGGGAUGCAGGGACCUCGGCCGAGAGCCUCCAGUAAAAACCGCUUCCUCCCGUUAGCCCUUUCCAUUCACUGAUUUAUUUUAUUUUAAUUUCUUAAGUUGAUUAUUUUUAGCGUCCCACUUUGAUUUGAUUUUAAUGUGGGUUUUGUUUUUUUUUUCGGUUUGCCAGGGGGGGAAAAACGUUGCACCGUCUCUUUAAAAAAACAAAAUCAUCCUCAGUUCCUAAUGCAGUGUGGGUAAUGAGAGAGGGGUCGUGGCGUGGGCAGUUUCAAUCUCACGCUGUUCUUACUGGGCAGGUGGAUGUUUUCUUGGGUAGCCCUGUGAGUCAAACCGGGGAAAUUCCCCCCCUUCCUCCCCCUCACGUUGUGCAGGAUCCGUGCUUUUAAUGACCUCUCGUUAAAUAGAUCUAUAAAUAAUUGAUCACGCUUUAUAUGCAGGUUCUGUUUAUAGGUGGUUUGCAAAGGGGUAAUAAAUGAUGGAUCAUGUCUCAAGCAUAUCAAAGACAGGAGCGUCGGAUGUGUUGCAGCUGGGUCUAAGCUUCCCAUUGGAUUUGAUAACCAUCCCUGAGAACUGAUUAACCUUGCAUUCAAGCUUUAUGAACCCUGUGCAAACUGCUCACGAAUGGAGCCUUCGUACAAAGUGGGGCUGUACGAUUUUACAGGAAAAUAAAAAUCCGAAUUUAAGACCCUGAUUUCUAAAAAGCAUCUGUUCAAGACAGCAUGUAAGCAUGCGCUUAACUUUAAGCACCUCUUUAUGUUCCUCUUGAAUUCAGUCAAAAUGGGCCUUUGACCUUAUUCACCUUACAUGCUCAAGUCCCACUGAUUUCUUUCAUCCAUCCACAGGCUGCAGUGACAAGGGUGGAGAAUAAGGAUGGGUCGUAACGUGUGUGUCUCUGAAUGGGGGCUUUUUUUUUAAAGCAAGCGACAGAGCAACGCUCCUGGCUGUAAUGUCUUUUCACAUUGCGUCUACACUGGAUUCUUUUCUUCUUUCCCCUUCCAACCACGUAGUGUAAAAUCCUACUGCAGCGACUGACAAGUGACCUCUAUGGGCAUUUGAACUUUGGGCAGAGCCAACCUAAUUCCCUGUUGCUUUGUCUCCCUCGAGUGGCCAGGCUGCAUGUGAAGGUUUGAAUCCUCUAACAGGCCAUAUCUUUUAGCUCACCCGGUAGCAGUUUUGGCUUUUAUCACCUCAAGUCUGAGAUUCAGUCCCCAGCCAAGGUGUGUCAUGUUACGCUAACUUGAAAUUUGAGAUUGUUGGCUGAAAUUUCUUUUGGCUGGAAAAGGCAGAUUUGCCACCAAAAUGGGGCAGUUUCCCAAAUUGUUUUGGCCAACCCCUUCCCCCGAAACGUUUUGUUUUGACAUUUUCAAACUAUUUCAGGUUUCAGAGUCGCAGCUAUGUCAGUCUGUAUCCGUAAAAAGAACAGGAGGACUUGUGGCACCUUAUAGACUAACCAAUUUAUUAGAGCAUAAGCUUUCGGGAGCUACAGCCCACUUCAUCGGAUGCAUCUAUUUCAGUGUUUCAUCGUAACAUUUGGUUUAGAAAUGACCUUCCAUUUUAUUUUAGGAAUACUGUAAGAAACGCUGCAAAACAAAACUUUCUGCUUUGGGGUGAACGGGUUUUGUUCAGACUGAUACGACCUUUUCCCUGUUUUGUUUUUUUGGAGUUGACGCUGACGGCGCUAUAGUUACGCUGAUGUAAAACCAAAAUCCAGCAUAGAUGAGCCCCUGAAUGCGAUAUGCAAGGCUAUGCUUGUUUUUUCAAUAGCACGGGGCAUUGUCGGGGAAAAAAAAAAAAGAGGGGGGGAUGGGGGUAAUCUAUUUGAAUCCCUUCCGGUUAAUGCCAGGAUCCCAAGUUGUGAUUUUAAAAUGUAGACCUUGAUCCUGCAGACACAGGCAGGAUUCAUCUGUUAGGAUGUGUGUGUGUUCAUUGACCUAUUCACAUGCUGCUUCUUAAGCACUAGGGCCUGUUUUCAUUCCUGGAAUUGAUGCUGUAUGUUUUCUUGAAAUGACACUGUUUAAUUUUACCUUCCCUUUCUCCUCAAUUUCACUUCUGUGCUGCUUUGCAGUCAGGGACUACUGGGUUCUGUUCCCAGCUCUGGGAAUGGCGUGUGGACUGGUGGUUAUCACAGGGGGCUGGGAGUCAGGACUCCAGGGUUCUGUUCUCGGUUCUGCUACCAACUUACCGCAUGGCCUUGGGCAACUCACUUCCCCUCUCCGUGCCUCAGUUUCCCCAUCUGUGACAUGGGGAUAAUGAUUCUUGCCUUGGAAAAGCUGCUAAGUGUAAUUACUAUUGUGGUUGUUGCAUCUGUGAACAUUUUUAAAUUUAAACAAACGACCACACUCCUCCCCUCCCACACCCCCAAAUUGGAAAUUAAAAUGCCAACAUGAAAACAUUGUUAUCCCUCUUAGAAUUUUUUUUUUUUUUUUUUGCAACCUUCUGUUUUCUUUGUAAGCCAAUGCCCUACCCUGGGAGUUGGUGCCCCUUGGAGCAAAUAAAACUUUCCCCAUAAUUAUGUUAUGGGGACAGGGAAAGGUUUUAAAAAAACAUUUAAAAUGUAAUGUAAAAAAAUCUGCAUUUCAGGGGUUGGGGACUGUGAAUAGUAACUCUGCUGGGGUCUGACCCCCUCUUCCAUCCCCCUUGUGUAGCCAUGUACCCCAGCGGGAUCAGACUGGGGUGAUCGGCUGUUCGAGGUUAAGGAUGGAGGUGUAACACUGUGUGGACGGUCUCUCUUGUUGCUGUAGCAAGUCGGAUCGAUCUGUGCGUGUGACAGCGGAUGGGGAGAGGGGAUUAGUAGAAAGCUAGAAAAUCAAAACCGUUGUUGGCUUGUCCCCAGGGAAGUUCACACCUGCCAUGCUCCGCCCGAUGGGAGGGUUGAAACCGUGGCCAUGCUGUGCUGGAAGCAUUCACCUGAGCCUCCUGAGGGGAGCAAGGGUGAAGCUGCAGUGGUGUGAACCUGAGGACGCUAAGCAGAGGCAUGUGAAGGCAGAUCGCUUCUGGCCCUGGGUCAUACGGCUAGAGAAUACCCAGCAUUGGCCACCACGGGGGCUUGUGGGAAGGGAUUGGAGGACCAUCAUCUAUGGAUUGUUGUGACUGCAGUUAGCUUAUCCCUCCUAUUGCUAACUCAGCGUCCGCACCAUGUGUCUCGGAGCCCGGUGGCAGCUGCACCUUGUGGCUCGGGUGGUUGUGUCUGAAUUCGAAGCGUGUGAUGGGGGAAACCAGCACCUGAACCUGGGUUAAAUCUGCUGUGAAGACGAAGCCAGAAGCACUCGCCUGCUCUCAAACCUACCCUCCGUCCGCACUUACAUUGCUGGAUCAAAGGGUGUGAUUUUUCACACUGAUGUAUUAAACUAGAUGCAACGUUUGUGUGUGUGUGGACAUUCCUAUACGACUUUAAACCUGGCUCGUGCCUCUAAAGUUACAGGGGCAAGCUAAACUGGUUUGAAACCCAUAUAAGUAUGUCCACACACAACUAAACUGGUUAACCUUAAACCGGUGCAACUUCUGUGUGUAGGGCUCAGUCUAGCUACAGAUGUUUGCCGGUAUAGCUGUGUUGUCUGGGCGUGUGACAUAAUCACAACCUCCUCCCGGCACAGCUGUCCCACCACAAGACCCGGUGUAGAUGCAAAGCUGAUAGUAUUCAGGGAGGAAAUGCUAUGCUGGAUGAGCCCUUGAUGUGGGUUACCCCAGGCAGGGUCAUUAGGAUUUAAGCGAUCUCGGAGGACCAGAGAAGGGCAAACAUAGUGCCGAUCUUUAAAAGGGGAGCAAAGAGGCCCCUGGGAAUCACAGACCAGUCAGCCUGACUUUGAUACCUGGAAAGGCAGCAGAACAGAUGAUUAAAUGAUCAAUUUAUAAGCCCCUAGAGGACAAUGGGGUGACAAGGAAUAGCCGGCAUGGAUUGAUCAAGAACAAACCAAGCUAAUUUCCUUCUUUGACAGGUGACUGGCCUUGCAGGUGGGGGGAAGCAGUAGACACGGUAGAUCUUGAUUUUAGGUGGGCUUUUGACACAGCCCCCCAUGACCUUCUCAUCAGCAAACGAGGGAAAUGUGAUCUAGAUGAAAUUAGUAUAAGAUGGGUGGCGGGAAGACUCAAAGAGGAGUUAUAGCUGUUGGACUGGGAGGACGUCUCCUGCAGCAUCCCAUAGGGGUCAGACCUGGGUCUGGUCCUAGUCAAUAUUUUCAUUAAUGACUUGGAUAAUGGAGUGAGGAGCGCGCUUAUGAUGUGUGCAGAUGUCCAAGCUGAGUGGGGUUGCGGGCACUUUGGAGGUCAGGGCUAGAAUUCAAAACGACUUGGUCAAAUUGGAGAAUUGGUCUGAAACCAGCGAGAUAAAAUUCAGUAAAGACAAGGGCAAAGUAUUUCACUGGAGAAGGAAAAAUCAAAUGUGCAGCUAUGAAGUGGGGAAUAGCUGGGCAGGAGGUUGGACGGCUGAGAAGGAUCUGGGGGUUCUAGACACAGGUGAAUGCGAGCCACCAAAGCCAGACAGUUGCUAAAAAGCCUUGUAUCGAUCUGGGGUGUACUAACAGGAGGGUGGUGGGUAAGGUGUGGGAAGGUCACUGGCGAGGCCUUAGCUGGAGUCCUGUGUCCAGUUCUGACUGCCACACUUUAGGAAAGAGGUGGACAAACUGGAGAGAGGCCAGAGGAGAGCACGGAAAAGGAUCGAAGGUUUUGAACACCUGGCCGAUGAGGAAGGUUAAACAACCUGAGUGUGGUUAGCCUUGAGAAAAGGAGACUGGCGGGGAGGGUAUCGGAUACGGCUUCAGAUGUGUUAAGGGCCGUUAUAAAGGGGACGUAUCCACUGGAGCUAGGACAAGAAGCAAUGGGCUUAAUCUGUAGCAAGGGAGAUUGAGGUCAGAUAUUAGGAAAAGCUUUACAACCAGAGGAGGAGUUAAGCUCUGGAACAGGCGUCCAAGGGAGGUGGUGGCAGGGUUUUAAGGACUGGCUGGACAAUUAGCUGUUGGGGAAGGUCUAGUUUUACUUGUCCCUGUCUCAGCACAGGGAGCUGGACGUGGUGACCUCUCGAGGUCCCUUCCAGCCCCACAUUUCUAUGGAUCUGUGCCCUUUAUUCCCUAUUAAACUGCUUUGCCGAAUAUCCCCAUGCGAAGUGUGAGUGGCUGUAAAACCAUUCUGCUCACUCUGCGAGGUGUGGUGAUCACACACUUACAGCUGCAUUUUGUAUCAGACUUUUAAUUACCCAGAUCUUCCCGCUACAUAUAAGAGCGGGGUGAUAUUAUUAAUAUAGUGUUUUUAAUCAACAGAUCUGAAAGCUGCUCACAAUCUUUAUUAGUCAUGAUUUCUUUUAACUGGAAAUACAUUCCCCUCUCUCUCACGCACACAGCUGCAGUAGAAAGAAAGGGUGAGGGUUUUUUUGCUUACAUUUUUUUUUUUUAGUAAAAACUUUUCCUCCUUGCCUGGAAUGUCUGACCAUUUGAUCUUCUUUUUAAUGAAAAGAGGAGUUGGGGAAAAGAAAUGAACCAGUCUUGUGUGUUUGGAAAAUGGUUGCCUGCAAAAAUUCCGCUUCCAAAAAUUGUAAGAGCAUAAAUCCUCUUAAUAUUUUUUAAGCCACCAGCUGUGGGGGGUUGGAGACGCCUUCCCACAGAAACGUUUCUAGUGUAUGUAUUUUUAACACUUUAAGAGCAUAAUAUCAAAGUAUAAUUCUUUGAUUGGAAGAUCUUUUUAAAUCAGAAUAUGUAAAAUUCACCCCCCGUUCAGCAGACUGGCUCCAGAUCUAUGCGUCACUUACACUCUUGAACUAGAAUUUUACAUGACAAAAAAGACACGAGCCGGUGUGAAUUCCACCUAGUGGGGUAGAUCCCCAGCGGAUGUAAAUCUGCGCGGCUCCAAUAAAGUAAGUGGGGCCAGAUCCUUAGCUGGUAUGAAUUGGCUGCAGCUCCAUUAAGAACAGCCUUCUGCCAGGUGUGCCAACUUGUCAGUGGAAAAGCAGACUCUGCCCCCUUGUGCAUUACCCUCAGAUAACUUGGGUCCUGCUUCUGUGAGAUGCUGAGCACUGGGACCUGAGUCAGUGAAGCCCCAUGGAGGCUGCUUAACUUUAAGCUCGCCAGAAGUUCUGUUGAAGUCAGUGGGACGACUCGCAUGCUUAAAUUUAAGCAUGUGCUUAUGCGCUUUGCUGGAUCGGGCCCAGAGCUUGGUUGAUAUUUUUCUACAAUUCAGAAACAAGGCCCACUGGCAAAAUUCCAAAUGUUGGAGGAAAAGGUUUUUAUUUUAUUUUUUUCCCCCUCUCAAUGUUUCUUUCUGUGCUUUCGAUCAGCUGUGAAGAGCCCCAGCAAAAUGCUUCACGCUGGGACACAGUUUGAAACUUGGUCACAGCUCCAAAUUUGGACCAAAUGUCACUCGUCUAUCCCCUCCCCUCGUUUUCCUCCCAUCCCUAUGUUAUCACAAUUUGUUUGGAAAGAUUUCUGGUUCAGGAGCCCAUUGGUCUGGCUACUGGUGGCUUGCGUGGUUAACCUUAUCACUAGAUAAGCAUCAUGGGUUAGUUUGGCUCUUGAAGAAAUUAAAAGCCAAGACACUGGGAUCAUGGUAACUCACUAGGAAUCAAAGACGAGUGUGUGGUGUUUGUUAGUUAUUUGAAAUAACCUUUUUUUUAAUUGCUCCUUUGUUUCAACGUGUGGUUUGUAAACGUGGUGGUGUCUGAAACGUUUUUUGGUGCAUAUUUUUACUGAUUUCACGAUCCACCCCCCCCCCAGAUUUAAAAAUAAUCAUUAUGAAGGGGGAGGGAGGGGAAUAACUGGCUUCCCAAUGACACUGUAAUCUGACUUUAUUUCACUGUCAGAAAGGAUACUGUCAAAGCAUUGUUAGGGCCCCAAGCCUGUACGCUCCACUCUGGGCACUGAAUCCAAUGGGACUAUGUCUGUCUGUCAUUACAGAGAGGCACAUUCUGUGAAGCUUGACAGGAAGCGGCCAGGCUCGUGGCUGGGAACCCCAUGCUGCUCUGCUGGCUAAAAUCUGAACUACUCACCUGUGGGACAAGAGCCCAACACUGCUAAUCUAGGAGCCUGGUUCUCCUGUAGCACAGAGGGCUGGGGGGUUCUCAUGUACAGAACAGGAGAAUCUGAGUUCUAAUCCCGCUGCAAAAUUGCAAGUGAUAACGGUUAAAUCUGGGGUGGCGAUAGGUUUGUUACAACAUAUUUUUACAAAGUCUUCAGCUGUUUUUCUUAUAACCACCAUGGAUUCUGAGACUGGAGAGGAUUGUACAAUGCCUGCCCUGUCCAUAGAAUCACAGGACUGGAUGGGACCUCAAGAGGUCAUCUAGGCCAGUCCCCUGCACUCAAGGCAGGACUAAGUAUUAUCUAGACCAUCCCCAUCAGGUGUUUGUCUAACCUGCUCUUAAAAAUCUCCAAUGAUGGAGAUUCCACAACCUCCCUUGGUAAUUUGUUCCAGUGCUUAACCACCCUGAGAAUCAGGAAGUUUUUCCUAAUGUCCAACCUAAUCCGCUCUUUGCUGCAAUUUAAGCCCAUUGCUUCUUGUCCUCAGGAUCAGAACUCAGAUCUUCCUACUCUGCUCAUGAUAGCCCCAGCCUGCCGUGUUACAGGAGAAUCAUGCUGGUUCAUUCACUUCGUGGUCACUUUUAAUAUUUCUCUUCCCCAGUCAGUUUCACUUUGAGUUCCCCUCUGGGCAGGGGAGGGAGGUGAUAAGAUUUAAAUAUUGAAACCAAACCCGCAAAAGUCCUAUUUUUCCAGAGCGAUUAAAACAGUCUAGAAAACAGAGAGCCUAGAGCAGGGGUAAAAAAGCCCUUAAAAGAAAUGUGAGAGUGACUCUUGUUUUAGCGUGGCCCAUGUUGUUUGACAGUCCUAGCAGCCUUUGUCCAGCAGGGGGCAGGCGCCUGGGGAUGGGAAAUAGCUGACUUCCCCUAUAGCUGCCCAGUCUCUCUCCUCUGCCAGAGGGUGUGGGUUGCUCUCUGGGGCUAGGGAAGAUGUGUGACAACUCCUGCUUUUAGCCCUGGGGGGGUCUCCGGUUCCGUGCCCUGGGGUGUCAGCUGAGAUGGCAGCCAGGCUUUGAGGGGGAUCAAAGUGGGGCCUAGGUUGUUAGAUAGAUACAGCACCUGAGAGCUCGCUCAGCUCGGCUGUUACCUGCCCCUUGCUGAUGCUGAUCUGAAGCACAUAGCAUCGUCCUUACAAAGGGGCCCUGAGGGUGGGGAGUGAGGGGCACCGGAAGAGCUCAGGGGGGAGCCCAGGGCUGGGAGAGCAGGGGGCUGCGGGUCAGGAUUGAGGGGCACCGGCACAGGUGCGGUUGAACUUUCCCAGCAUCCGCCUAGCACAGGCCCCUGCUGCACUGAAUUUACUUGCGAGCCAUUUCGUCUCUAGGUGGGGGAUGGGGCUGUGAGUCCCGGAGUAGAGGUGGAGUCGGCCAUCAGGUGGGGACAGUCAGGCCAGGGGCCACAUCCUUCCCCCACGACGCUCUAGGUUGUCCCACAUUUGCCCUGGAGCCCUGCAUUCCGGUGGCGUAGGAUUCCUGUGUGGUAAUAUAGUUACGCCACUGGGGGGCAAACUUCUCCAGAGCCUUCCUACAAUACUAAUUCGCAGGGGCUUGCGGUCUGGGCAUCUCAAAAGACCUUCCCUGUCUUACAGAUGGAGAAAGGGAGGCACUGAGAUGUCUUGCCCCAGGACCAAGAGGAAUCUGUAGAAAAGCUGGGGAUAGAACCCAGGAGUCCUGGCUCCUAGCCCCCCCUGCUCUAACCCACUAGACCCCACUCCCCUCCCAGAGCCAGGGAUAGAACCCAGGAGUCCUGGCUCCCUCUUCCUCCUACGCUUCCUUCGGCGCUGACCAAUAGACCACGUUCCCACUCAGAACCCAGCUCUCCUGACUUUGCCAAGUGCCUUCCCCGCUGUGCCGUGCUGCCUGGCUGGCUGCUGUUUUUAAUGUUUCGUUCAUUUACGCUGACUGGGACAAAUUCCUUGGCCCAGGAUAUAAAUCCUCCCCCCUGGUGAACAGGAAGUGGGGCAGGAUCUGACUUCGGGACCAGAAUAGCGCAGCUGCCAGUGGAUGGUCCUGUUCUGCCAGCGCCUUUGGCUAGAGAGCACUGAGGCUCCGUCACUUUCUAGCGCAGGCUGCCGGGGCCGGUACUGUGAUCGGAUCCACUCUAUGCAGGGAGGAUGGGAGCUGUCCCGUGAACAGAGCAGGGCAGUACUGGGUGGAUAGGGACUGGGGACCAGUGAAAGCUGUGGAUCAGCGUGCAUUACGUUCCCCCUGCAGCCCCCUCUCUGGGCCUGGUCCGCAGAUGAUCUGGCACAAGCUUUUAGCUCCAGAGGUGUGGCCCUCACACCAGGACUCCUGGGUUUUCUUCCCAGCUCUGGGACGGGGAGGAGUCCCUUCCAGCUCUGUGCCUCAGUCCCCCUCCACUGACAUGGAGGGAAUAUUGACCCAGCCUGGUGAACAACAGGGGACGAGGACAGUGCAAGCUGACAGUAUUUGUGAUGAGGAUGCGGCAGGGCACGUAGUGUGGUGAGGGUUGGGGAAAAGCAGCCAGAUCUGGAGGCUAGCAGGAGAUCCCCUGGGAUGGGGGUUGCUUCUAGGAUCCCCCCGAUCCCUGUUCUUGCACUAGAUGAUAGCAGGGAUCCCUGCUGUCUGGGGUGAUGUCAGCCCAGGGCUUCGGUCAUGGAGGGGAGAUUCGGAAGUGUGUCCGGUGUCUGUGCGGUUUGGGGACCAUCUGACUGGAGCUUGAGCUCCCAACUUUUCCCUUUGGCUCCCAGUGUCGGGGUGGCAGGUGUCAGCACCCUCACGUGUGAUGAGUUGAACCAGUCUCUGCUUUGCAAAGGAGAGCUGGGGUCCUUCCCAUGCCCGACCUCAGACCCUUCCCAAAUAAUGUCCCUUUAACCCUUUCACUCCCGCUUGCCCACCCUAGCUCAGACACUGGGGCCCGUGGAUUGAUUUGGCCCAGCCCGAGCCAAUGCAGAGCCAUGGCAUGAUCUUCGAUCCACACGGCAAGGGUGGGCGAGAGAGGUUUGAAUGUUGCUAUUCCGUAGAUGGGCCACCUGGUGGUGCUGUUACUGUCCACAUCAGUAUGGGGCAGGGGGGGAGUAUCUUUUGAAGUGAACACUCCCCCCUCCCCGGUGGGUUUUAACCUUUGUUGGUGGGAACCUAGAGAUUAAAGCAUCUAGGCCUGUAAUGAGCGAGGGUCAGUGGGGAGGAUCUGAGGGGGAAGGGAAUAGGGAUGGGGUGGAUGUGGCAGGAGCAAGGAUCAUCCCGGUUCUCCUCUCUCUGAGGCCUGAGCGCCAGAUCAGAAUCCCGCUACCUCGGCUUAAAAGACAGCCUGGGCUUGUCCUCUCGGGUGGAUCAAACUGAACCCCCCAUGGCAGGGCUGCCCAAGCUCUAAGCCCCCUUUCUGCUCCCUUGCCUCGGCCUCCCGCUUCAGGCCAGGGGGAGAUACAGAAUAGGCUGACCUGCCCCCUCUUUCCACUGCCUGGGAAGGCCCCUAUGCAGGGUGGAAUUCCCAGGCCCUCUGCACCCCAUAGGCACUUUCAGAUCCCUUUGUGCUGCUGGGGAAUCAGACCCAAAACUUCCCAGGCAUGUGGGCGGACACCGGCCGGCCUGCCAGAAAGCUCUGGGGUCGGGGGAGAAAGUAGCUCACAAUAAGCAUCCGGUGGCGUUGGAACUGGUUCUGCAUGGGGGCUGGUUCUGCUGGUUACUCCCCUCUCCUUCCCCUGCUUGGGAACUGGCCUUUUGAUUUAAUAUUGUAAAAGGGAAAAGCGAUUUCAGUCCCAGAUUCUGGAGUUAAAUGCUUACUUCCCAGGGGAGCUGGGCAUGGGAAUGCCUUUCAGGACCUAGGUUUUAGUUUAUAACGCAGGGGGAGGGGAUUCUGGGGCAGGGGGGCCCAGUGGGAAUGGGUUUGCCGCAGCCCCGUUUAGCUGAGCUGGGUUAUGCCAGUGCAAGUCCGCCGCUGAUGCUUUGGUUGUAAUGGAGUGACUCCGGAUUGUCCGGAGCUCAGAGGAGUGACUGCGGCUUGACACUAGAACUGAGAUGGGAGUAGGUCUCACUUUCUGCAGCUCGAAUUUUCUCUCUCUUUUUUUUUUUUGCCCCCAUUCUUCCCCGCCAGCCCCAAGAGGGCUGAGAUGGGCGUACACCCCUCCCCGCGUGCUCCUAGCCUGAUUGACACUGUAACUUGGGAGACCCAAAGAUGGGGGGUGCUGUGCCUUAUGCAACGUGCCGGCAGUCCCAGAUGCCCCUGCACCCCAAUGUACUUGACACUAUCCCAGGAGCCAAGGGAGAGCCCAUGCCAUAGAUCCCUGCCUGGGAAUGGGAUGUUAGCCACACGCUCCUCCCCCAGGCCACAGUGCGUUAGCCCACACCCCUUUGCCCCAAAUUAAUCAUGCUGGAAACCUGGCUAUCUUCCGCCCGCAGCGCCAGGCUCAAGUGGGAAGCCCUUACCACCCCCCCCAUGGGAUUUUUUUUUUUUCUGAGCUGGCAAAUUUAUUCACGAUUGUUUGCGUUUUCUUUCCAAUCUGGACUUCACUUUCCGUAUUUGAGUUGGGAAGCGGCACCUGGGUUUUUUCGCAGCUUUUGGGUUGGUUUCCCUUUCGUUGCCAUCAUCGUCGGGUUUUGUUUUCUUUUUCAACAAUAACAAAAAAGAAUGAACUGAGGGGAAAAAAAAAUCUCUAAUUUACACUUUAAAAAGCGCGAACGCCUGAUUGUUCAAAGCGCAUGCCAAUGCAGCAUGGACACCUUCCAAGUGCUUUCAGUUGAUGCAAUUAGCUUCUAUAAUCUCAAGCAUUUCUCCCCCCAAUGCCCCUGUCUCUGCCCCCCCCCAUCAUAACAUACUUACAAAGAGGAAAACAAAACAAAAAAACCUUUAAAAAUUUUUUUUAAUGCAACUCACUCUUUGCUCCCCGGCGCCCCCUGCUGUUGUUCUAACCCUGCCCCCGCCCCCCAAUAAUGCCAGUAUUUGUUCUGUGUUAUAAGUGCCAAGAAAUUUUUGUGACUCCCUCAUUCCUGUGACCUGAGAGUAUCGACAAUUGCACAUUAACUACUGUAAAGAUUUAAAAAAAAAAAAGAAAGAGGA